CACUGGUCUCAAACCUCCAAAAGCUAAGCUGCUGUUAAACAGCAGUUUGUGAGAUUACUGAGAGUCAUGAAGCAUUUGGUCUUGGUGGUUUUAGGUUUGCUGCUGUCUUUUCAGCAGGCACAUAGCAGGAGAGAUGAGACAGCAAAUUGCAAGCCAAUAACGGCCAGCUUUUGUCAAGGUUUGGGAUACACCACGACCCUCCAUCCAAGUGGAGUUAUAGGCUACAACCUGCAGCAAAUUGGUCAGAUGGUGGAGACUGCUUGUUCACCAAACAUUGCUACACUUAUGUGUCGUGUUGCUGUGCCUGAAUGUACUGCGGAGGAUGACAGCCGGCUGAAGCCAUGCCAAGCUCUCUGCGAGAAGGUCAAGACAGACUGCGAGUCUGUCUUCAAAACAAGGCGGUUGUACUGGCCAACAAGGCUCCGAUGUGACUCUUUACCAGAGUCUAACUGUGUGCAGAGUCAGAGCAACCCUGUUGCUCCAACAUCCCCUGCGUCAUGUCAGACAAUCACUGUUCCUCUCUGUAACGGCCUGCCUUACACCGAGACCAUCCUGCCCAACAUUCUAGGCCACAGAACUCAGGAGGAGGCAGGAACGGAAGUACACCAGUUUUCUCCACUUGUCAAAGUGCAGUGUUCCCCUCAUCUGAAGUCUUUCUUGUGCUCCGUUUACACUCCGAAGUGUGUAUCCGGAAAACCUCGACCUCCAUGCAGAACGCUCUGUGAGCAGGCACGAUCAGGCUGUGAAUCACUUAUGAACAAGUUCGGUUUCAUGUGGCCAGAAUCCCUCAGGUGUGACGCAUUUACCACUGAAUCCUGUGAACAGGCUCAAGGCAUCAGUUUUACUCAAACAUCGCUUCCAACAUGUCAGACAAUCACUAUCCCUUUCUGCAGAGACCUUUACACAGAGACCAUCCUGCCAAACGUUCUAGGCCAUAGAACUCAGGAGGAGGCAGGAACUGAAGUACGUCAGUUUUUUCCACUUGUAGAAAUGGGGUGCUCCUCUCAUCUGAAGCCUUUCUUGUGCUCCGUCUACAUUCCUGAGUGUGUGUCCGGAAAACCUCGACCUCCAUGCAGAACACUCUGUGAGCAUUCAAGGUCUGGCUGUGAAUCACUUAUGAAUAGAUUCAGUUUCCGGUGGCCAGAAUCCCUCAGGUGUGAAGCAUUUACCACGGAAUCCUGUGAACACUAUGGAGUGGGCAGCAGCGGGGGGGUCUGUGAGCCAAUCACCAUACCGGUCUGCCAGGGCCUGUCCUACAACCAGACGAUCAUGCCUAAUCUCCUGGGACACACGAGUCAAAGAGACGCAGUAAUGAAGAUGUCCUUUUUCAACUCGCUCGUGCAAGCUGUGUGCUCUAUCGACAUUCGCCUCUUCGUGUGUAUGGUGUAUGCUCCCAAGUGUGUGGCAGGGGAAGUGCAGCGGCCCUGCAGGUCGUUCUGUGAGAGGGCCAAAAAGGGCUGUGAGAGUUUGAUGACCGGUUUUGGCGUUUCUUGGCCAAAUGAGCUGCGGUGUGACUCAUUCCCAGAGGAAAUGUGUAUAUCAGAAGACAGCAGGCCAGACAUGCUGGAUGCUGAAGGUCUUCUUGCUAAGUUGAAUGCUGGUGGCUUAUCUGUUCAUGGCAAAUCCCUGAGUCUCAAGACAGCCCGCCUACUGUUGACUCUCAUGGAUGCUGACAAGACUGGAGACCUGAACGUGGUGGAGGUCUUCAAUGUGGAGCACUAUGUGGCCAUUGCCAGGAGGGAGUAUGUGGAGAGCUACGAGAGGAGGAAUCCACCCUCCGUCACUCAAACCCAAAUGAAGAAGACUCUGUCCGCCCGGGUACCCGAUUUAGAUGAGGAAACCUUCAGAAGUCUGUGGCGUGAAUACAGCUCUAAAGGUGGGAUCGACUAUGAUGAGUUUGUGGUGGUCCUGACAAAACUUCAGAUCCUCAGAGAUCGUUUCCAGGCUCAUCUGCUGCGAUUGCCAUGUGACUGCGAAGUCGCCAGCUUCUCUUUCAAACAGUUCAUGAAAUCCGCCAUAAUCUGAGGAUCCAACAGGAGCUGAGUGGAGGAAGAUUGUUCACUUCAAACACUGAAAAUAAGCUGUUGUGAGUCUGAGCUAUUUCUUUUCUGAAUUUUGUAUGAUGAAGAAUGUUCUUUACUCUCAGAUUAUAAACAAAUUUGUCAUUUUGUAAAAUUGUUAAUUACAUUAAAAAUACUCAGCUGCAGUAAUCAUUAA